GUGGCUUCCCAAGAAGACGUAAGGCUGUCAUUGCAAUGUGGCCCGUGCUCCCUCGACUCCAAGGAGAUAUUGUGGUUUCAAUAUCGCCCAGCUACAGCGCGGUGCUGUACGACCUGCACACGACCCGCGAUUUAACGACUCGGCUUCCCACCAGCACUUACUGAUCGUUUGACUCCUUGAAUAGCUGCACGACCGCGCGAACUACAUGAUACGACCCUUCCCACUGUCGUGAAUUCCCUGGCCAGCGCGCCAAUUGACUUCCCGCCCACCGCCUCUCCCCUUCGACCCCUCGAUCCCCCCGCCUUGGCAACCUGAGUUCGCAAUGGCGUCCGCCGUUUUCUUCCUCGACUUGAAGGGCAAGACCCUGCUUGCCCGCAACUACCGCGGUGACAUCCCAAUGUCGGCCGUCGAGAAGUUCCCCGUCCUCCUAAGCGAAGCAGAAGAAGAAUCAUCCGCCGUUCCUCCGUGCUUCUCACACGAGGGUAUCAACUACCUCUACAUCCGACACAACAACCUCUACCUUCUCGCCCUGACAAAACGAAACACCAACGCCGCCGAGAUCCUCCUUUUCCUGCACAAAAUCGUUGAAGUCUUCACGGAAUACUUCAAGGCCCUCGAGGAAGAAUCCAUCCGCGACAACUUUGUCAUCAUCUACGAGCUUCUCGACGAGAUGAUGGACUUUGGCUACCCGCAGACCACCGAAUCCAAGAUCCUCCAAGAGUACAUCACCCAGGAGUCCCACAAGCUCGAGAUCCAGGCUCGGCCGCCCAUCGCCGUCACCAACGCCGUCUCCUGGCGCUCCGAGGGCAUCCGAUACCGCAAAAACGAGGUCUUCCUCGAUGUCGUUGAGAGCCUAAACCUACUCGUCAGCGCCAACGGCAACGUCCUGCGCAGUGAGAUCCUCGGUGCGAUCAAGAUGAAGUGCUAUCUCAGCGGCAUGCCCGAGCUGCGCCUCGGCCUCAAUGACAAGGUUAUGUUCGAGACGACUGGCCGUACCACCCGCGGCAAGGCCAUCGAGAUGGAGGAUGUCAAGUUUCACCAGUGCGUGCGCCUGUCGCGCUUCGAGAACGACCGCACCAUCUCCUUUAUCCCGCCCGACGGCGAGUUCGAGCUCAUGAGCUACCGUCUCAACACACAGGUCAAGCCCCUUAUCUGGGUCGAGUGCGUCGUCGAGAGCCACAGCGGGUCGCGCAUCGAGUACAUGCUCAAGGCCAAGGCCCAGUUCAAGCGGAGGAGUACGGCCAACAACGUCGAAAUCAUCGUGCCCGUCCCUGACGACGCCGACACUCCGCGCUUCCGCACCAACAUUGGCGCCGUCCACUACGCCCCUGAACAGAGCGCCAUCGUGUGGAAGAUCAAGCAGUUUGGUGGCAACAAGGAGUUCAUGAUGAGGGCGGAGCUGGGUCUUCCUUCGGUACGGGGCGAUGACGAGCACGGUGGCGGUAUGACUGGCGGCUUCGGCGGAAGCAUGGGUGGCGUCGGCGCGCCGGGCAAGGGCGCCAAGAGGCCGAUUCAGGUCAAGUUCGAGAUCCCCUAUUUCACGACAAGUGGUAUCCAGGUGAGGUAUCUCAAGAUUACAGAGCCAAAACUGCAAUACCCCUCACUGCCUUGGGUCAGAUACAUCACCCAGUCGGGAGACAUAGCAGUGAGACUGCCCGAUGCGGUAUGAGCAUCGCACUCGCAUAGUUGUAGCGCAAUAUGAGUCUGCUAUAGGGGUUCUGAUUUCAGCGACCCUAUUGCUUGUUUUAUUGAAGCGGAAUAGAAAAAUGAGUUGAGGCUUAUGGACAUCCCCGGUUGGUACCUCGAGACGAUGAUAGACGGGCAAGGCUUUGGGGGUGAUCACUUCACGUAUUCAGUCUGAUUAAGCACGACGAGGGUCGCACGAUGACGGAGGGUUCAAUACAUCAAGUUCCUGCAACCAGGCGAACAGUGCGAGUAGCCGUGUCGACAGAGGAAUACGCUUGGCGCUCCUGCUUGGAAGAUGCCCUUGUCUAUAUAGACAAAUGUUUGUUGCUUAUGGACCGCGCAUCUCUGUCUUCCGCAUCGACCUAACCCAACUUCGACCUACUACGAUAUCACACUGUCGCGGCACAAGUAGGAUUGGGAAAGAGACUGCCAAUGGAAUAAAAGUUGAACCAAACUCAGCC